UCGAAAGAGGCCCGAGCCAACAGACCUGAAAGACGCCUUUGGUUUGGAAUUAACCCAAGAGGAGUUUUGACAUCAUUCAUCAUGAACAGUGAAGAAUGGUUUAGAGUAACUGCUUUGCUUGUCAUAGCUCAAGCAGUUUCUACUAUGGUGCUUCCCAAUGCAACAGUAUUUGAGGACAUGCUGGAAAAAUACAUGGAUGAAGAUGGUGAAUGGUGGAUUGCAAAGCAAAGAGGAAAAAGAGCUAUCACUGACAAUGAUAUGCGAAGUAUUUUGGACAUUCAUAAUAAAUUACGGGGUCAGGUUUAUCCACAAGCUUCCAAUAUGGAAUACAUGACAUGGGAUCCAGAGUUGGAAAGAUCUGCUAAGUCCUGGGCUGAGACAUGUCUUUGGGAACAUGGACCUGCAAGUCUUCUUCCAUCCAUUGGUCAGAAUUUGGGAGCACAUUGGGGAAGGUAUAGACCUCUAACAUUUCAUGUCCAAUCAUGGUAUGAUGAAGUGAGAGACUUUACUUAUCCAUAUCCUCAAGAAUGCAAUCCUUAUUGUCCCUAUAGAUGUUCUGGUCCUGUAUGUACUCAUUAUACUCAGGUGGUAUGGGCAACAAGUAACAGAAUAGGCUGUGCAGUCAACCUGUGUCAUAAUAUGAAUGUGUGGGGACAGAUAUGGCCAAAAGCAAUUUACUUAGUGUGCAAUUAUUCACCCAAGGGCAAUUGGUGGGGCCAUGCCCCAUACAAACAUGGUCGCCCAUGUUCUGAAUGUCCCCCAAGUUUUGGGGGAGGCUGUAGAGAAAAUCUUUGUUAUAAAGUGUGGCAUGAAUCUAGUAAUUUAAACAUAAAUGCUUUUGUAAACAAUUUUGCAACAUAUCUCUAUAAUUCCAUCUUGUCAGAACCUCCACGAUGCAUGAAAUACCAAUCGGCUAAUUCAUUCACUGUCUCUAAAGUAACAGUACAAGCUAUCACUUGUGAAACUACGGUAGAACAAUUAUGUCCAUUUUAUAGGCCAGCCACACACUGCCCAAGGAUCCACUGUCCUCACAACUGUAUGCAGGCAAAUCCACAUUAUGCCCGAGUGAUUGGAACUAUAAUUUAUUCUGAUAUGUCCAGUAUCUGCCGAACAGCAGUACAUGCUGGAGUAAUUCGCAAUGAAGGCGGCUUUGUUGAUGUCAUGCCAGUGGAUAAGAGAAGAAUGUACACUGCUUCAUUUCAAAAUGGCAUUUUUUCAGAAAGAAAUGGCCAUAAUGGAAGUGUAAUUAUAGCUGUUGAGUCAGCUGGAACUGGGCAGAGACUUUUGGAGAUGGAGGCCAUUUAUGGUAUAACAGUUUUGCCUUCAAAAGAAUCACCAUGA